AGCAGUUUUCUAGGGGUCACUGUUGUCAAAGAGUUCUUCUUCGGCGGUCAGUCGCGCUGGGAAUGACAACAUCGCCCAAACACUUCUUUUCUUCACUACGACUUGAUCGCAAAACACAGACAAAAGAAGCUGUGUGCUUUUGGGCUUGAGGGUCAUUGAGUCUUUAUGAGCCACUGGGAGCUGCAGCACCAACAGCAGCAACAUGGCAGAUGACAAAGACGUGCUGAGAGACGUCUGGUUUGGCCGGAUCCCAGCCUGUUUCACUCUCAACCAAGAUGAGGAGACAGAGAGAGAGGUGGAGCCUUAUUAUCUGUUGUUGCCAAGGGUGAGCUACCUGACACUUGUCACCGACAAGGUGAAGAAGCACUUCCUAAGAAUGAUGAAGGCCGAGGAUGUGGGGGAGAUGUGGUUCGAAUACGAAGGGACGCCGCUCAAAUGGCACUAUCCUAUCGGUGUUCUGUUUGACCUUCACGCUUCCAACUCUAUCUUGCCAUGGAGCAUCACUGUGCACUUUAAGAACUUUCCGAGCCAGGACCUGCUCCACUGUAUGUCCAGCUCGGUCGUGGAGGCCCACUUCAUGUCCAGCAUUAAAGAAGCGGACGCACUCAAACACAAGAGCCAAGUCGUCAACGACAUGCAGAAGAAGGACCAUAAGCAGCUGUGGAUGGGUCUGCAGAAUGAUAAGUUUGAGCAGUUCUGGGCCAUGAACAGGAAACUGAUGGAGUAUCCCACUGAGGAGGCGGGAUUCCGAUACAUCCCCUUCAGGAUAUACCAGACGAUGAGUGACAGACCCUUCAUCCAGAAACUCUUUCGUCCCGUUUCACCUGAAGGAGACGCUCACACCCUUGGCGACCUGCUCAGAGAGAUGUACCCCGCGGCAUUACCCAAUCACGGUGAGGAGAGGCGCUACCAGGUUGUAAUCCACGGAAUCGAGCCGCUGAUGGAAACGCCGCUGCAGUGGCUCAGCGAGCACCUCAGCCACCCGGACAACUUCUUGCACAUCUGCGUGGUGCCGGCGCCUUCCGAUUGAGGUAUGCCUAAUCUCACCGUUGCCACGGCGAUGGAACUAUAAUCAUGCUUUGAGAGCGUGGGAUGAGAGGACUCCAUGCGGUUCUCCUCGAACUUUCCCCGAUGCGCACCUUCCUCGUUGGAUGGCGACCUCGCCUAGGUGACCACAUUCCUGCACCUAAACCGUAAUUUUCACCUAUGUAAGGAAAACCACUUGAGCAUUUAUGCUGUAUCCUUGAGGCGUGUCUUAAGGUCCAUUUUGUUCUCACUAGUCAGACAAUUGAACGCACGAGUACCACAAUUAGGGCACGCCAGUCGAACAAAUGUGUCAUACAAGUAAUGUUUUUGCACGACUGCCUUCCAUGAUAUUUCUGCACACGUGGAGAACAACGUGGGGUUACGAGUCGGGCAACUAUCCAUUCAGCCGGCCAUCCAUUUUCUAAUCCGCUUAUCCUCACGAGGGUCGCGGAUGUGCCGAAGCCUAUCCCAGCUGUCUUCGCCCAGUAGGCGGGGCGCACCCUGAACCGGUGGCCAGCCAAUCGCAGGCCAGACAUAGACGAAAAACCAUUUGCGCUCAGAAUCACACCUCGGGACAAUUCAGAAUGUUCCUUUAACCUGCCAUGAAUGUCUGAGGAAACCGGAGUACCCGGUGAAAACCCACGUAGACACGGGGACACCAUGCAAACUCCACACAGGUAGGCCGGAGCCGGAAUCGAACCCUGCGCCUCUGCACUGCGAGGCCGACGUGCUAACCAGUCGACCACCAUGCCGCCCCACUAUGUAAGUGCCCCCCUUUGAGAUUCAAACCCAGGACUUCAGGCUCACAGACCCACAAUUGUACCCUCUCCACCAGCAGAGACCGUCGGGCAGCUAGUGAGACAAAACUACUUAGUGGGUAUUUGGGUGCUACUAGUACACACCCGGCCGGGAUGCUCUUAGUGUGUGACGCAUGCCGACUAGUCAGCCCUAGUCAUCUUACUAGUUUACUCGUAAGGUCUGAUUGCCUACGAGUAGGUUAAAAGCUGCACUCAUGGCAACAUUUUUACCACCCAGACACAUCCCACUAGUGCGCUGAAUUGUCUUACUAGUGAGGGCAAAAACAAUACUAAUACAUGGACCUAGAUAUUGAUGACAUACGCAAAUGCCCUUGCAUGCCCCGGAAACGAUUAACAAGAAGGUUUAUACGGAGCCCCAAAUGUGGCACACGGUUUGGCCACAGUUCAUCUAUUUUGAUUUUGUGUGCACAAAAUGCUCAUUUGCGACCGCGAAAUACUAAUCUGUGGACAUGAAUUUGGGAGGACAUGGAAAGUGUGCUUAUUUUCCUUACCCGGGACGUCCAAUGAUAUUUGACCCACAAUUUAAUAUUUUGUCUGCACGUUAUGUCUUUCUCGUGGCCACAAAUUAGCAUUAUCGUUAGCCAAAUAGCAUACUAGCCUAAGUCUAACAUUUUCGCAAAACACCAAAUAAUACAACAAAUUCAAACAAGGAGGCCAGUAGCUACGAUUCAACGUUUGCCAAUUAACAUGACUGAGAACAUACACCCGCAAUACACACUACGCACGCAAACAAGUAAAUAUACAGUUUUUCCCGCUAGCACGGUAGUUUUUAUUUUGUUUUGUUCAUAUUGUGGCAGUCAGUUGAAAAAGACUUGGACAAUAAUGCCAUUGCACUAACCGUCUUGAAACUCGAGAACAUUCAUAUUGAUUUAAAACUCAUGAUGCAAAUGAUUAAAUCAGUGUUGAUACGAA